GGACGCACGGCCCUCCACCACGCUGCAGUGCGGGGCCAGGAUGAUUGUGUGCGUGUACUCCUUGCCGUCAGUGACGUUAAGGCCACGACCAUAGCUGGCCGCACACCCCUGCACCUGGCUGCGUGGGCAGGGUAUCUGGAGACGGUGAAGCUGCUGACGAAUGAGGACGUGACGGUCCUCAACACGAAGGAGGAGGACGGAAACACCCCGCUGGACGUGGCCACGAUGCAGGGCCACCAUGCCGUGGAGGCCUGGCUGGCCAAGAAGAGCGGCGCGGUGCACAUGGACGCCGCCCACUGCCUGCGCCUCAUGAGGAUCCGGCGAGGCUGGGAUGAAGACCGGCACCGCGACAUUGUGUCCUUCAUGGCGGAGGGCAAGGCGGCAUGUCUGAAGGCCUUCAUCCCCGAGCACUGUGUCGGCCACGAGCUGGACUCGGCCGGCCUGACGCCCCUCCACCGCGCGGCGCAGCGCGGGCUGUCCCCGGAUAUGGUCAGCGAGCUGCUGCACCUGGGCGUGAGCCCCCACGUGCUGACCCCCGACGGCAUGACCCCCGCUGACCUGGCACGGCGGGCAGGGCACGAGGAGGUGCUGGCGGUGCUGACCAAGCACCAGUGUGGAGAGUCUCCUUCGUCGCCGGAGGAGCUGCAGAACGAGCUGUUUACUCUCAUCAUUCAAGGCGACAACGUGCAGAAGGUGUCCCGCCUGCUGUGUAAGGGUGUCCCCAUCGAGCCCAUCGCCAGUGACGCCAACUCCCCUCUCAGACUGGCCGUGAUUCUUGACCGCCGCCGGACGGUCAACCUGCUGCUGGCGAGCGGCGCGAUGCUUCCUGCCUGCCUGCUGCAGGAUGCCUGGCAGAGCCCCGAUGUGACCUCCGGGGUGCUCGCCACCCUCAAAGCCAAUUACUUGUGUCGGCUGCGGGCGGAACGUGGCCGCUUGGACUCCAGCAGGCAGAGUGAGGAACGCCGUCGUCUCUUUAUAAAGGGCAUUGACGACAUCCUGAAGACUAUCGAGGGUGAUACCCCUUGGCAGGCCGCGUGGCCCAAGGGCAAGCCGAAGGCACUCAGCGCCCUCAUGGUGGAGGCUGUGCACGCCAAGUGUCCCCUGACCGCGGCCUUCCUGCACCGGGCCGGCGCGUGGUCCUUCCUCAGCGGGGAUAGGGGGGCCAGUGCCUUGGCCACCGCGCUGGAGGAGGGCCACAAGGGCAUGGCCGAGCUGCUGGUCAAGCACCUGGGAACCAGCAUCUACUCCGACGUUCAUCUUCUGAACCGCAUAAAACCCGAGGAGCGGCGGCGGCUGGAGCAGGUGAGUCGUAGUCCCUCAUCACCCGACUGCUUUUUUUUUUUUCGGCGUCGCCUUUACCGCCGGUAGACUCUCUUGAGGGCCUCUUAGACGAGCCCAGCCUGUAGGUGGCGCAGGUGUGCAUUAUGUGUAGUGGCUGCCGCGAUGUGUGACUCCUGCUUGGCUCAUGCUGCCGGGGCGCGGAGAAAAACUCGCCGGGCAUAA